AUGGAGCGGAUCCCCAGCGCGCAGCCCCCGCCCGGCUGCCUGGGCAAGCUGCCGGCCCUGGAGAGCGGCGAUGUGCCCGGGCUGGACUUCGCGCACAUGUACCAAGUGUACAAGCCCAGGAGGGGCUUGAAGAGGAGCGAGGAUAAUAAGGAGACCUACAAGUUGCCCCACAGGCUGAUAGAGAAGAAGAGGCGAGACCGGAUCAACGAGUGCAUCGCCCAGCUGAAGGACCUGCUGCCUGAGCACCUCAAGCUGACGACUUUAGGUCACUUGGAGAAAGCCGUGGUCCUGGAGCUCACCUUGAAGCAUGUGAAGGCCCUGACCAACCUGAUCGAGCAGCAGCAGCAGAAGAUCCUGGCUCUGCAGAGCGGGUUCCAGGCGGGUGACCUGUCAUCAAGGAGCCUCGAUUCCAGCCAGGAAAUGUUUCGAUCCGGUUUCCAGAUGUGUGCCAAGGAAAUGCUGCAAUACCUGGCAAAGCAUGAGAACGGCAAGGACCUGAAGCCCUCCCAGCUGGUCAGCCACCUGCACCGCAUGGCCUCCGAGGUGCUGCAGGGGGGAGCCGCCCGCAAGGCCGGGGACCUGCCCCCCAAAAUGGCGGACUUGAAGGAGAAGGCUGCCGUGUCCCUGGGCAAGGCGGCAGAGGGCCACGGGAAGAACUGCGUGCCCGUGAUCCAGAGGACAUUCGCUCACUCCAGCGGGGAGCAGAGCGGCAGUGACACGGACACGGACAGCGGCUACGGAGGGGAGCUGGAGAAGGGCGACUCCAAGGCCGAGCAGCCCUACUUCAAAAAGGAUACGGAGCUCAAGUACGCCGUGCAGGAGAGGAUAAGCUCCAUAAAGCAGGAGACUGAGGACCCGCCGGCCAAAAGGAGCAGGCUGGAAUCUCCGGAAGGCGAGAGCCCCUUUGGCAGCGACGUGAUGGCUUCUCCUGGUGGCUUCCUGGGCCCCCACGCUCACCAGCCUCCCUUGUGCCUGCCCUUCUACUUGAUCCCCCCCUCAGCCACGGCCUACCUGCCCAUGCUGGAGAAGUGCUGGUACCCGGCCUCCGUGCCCGUCCUGUACCCCAGCCUGCCGGCCUCUGCCGCGGCGCUCUCAGGGUUCAUGAGCCCCGAGAAGAUCUCCCCACCGCUGCUGAUGCCCCAGAGACUCCCUUCUCCUGUCCCUGCCCAUUCCCCUAUCGACUCCUCAGCUCUUCUGCAGGCUUUGAAGCAGAUUCCUCCCUUAAACUUGGAAACCAAAGACUGAGCUCAGUGUGGUGACUCUCAUUUGGGUUUUUUUCCUGGGCUUGGGGGUUUUUUCCCUUC